AUGCAGAAACAGAAACGCGAGAAUGGUCCCCACAACCGGGCUGGGGAUAGGAUGCACAAACGCGCGAAUGGACCCAACCGGGAGCCACGUAGCGUUACGAAGCGAUUCAAAGAGCAACCAGGUCGCGAGAACACGACGACAGGCACGGUAGAAGAGGUUCUGGACAUCGAAGCCCGGACUCUUCUCGCCAAGUUAAAGUUACGGCUUGGAGAAACCAGCAGUGCUGCUGGACCCGGAGCCGGAGCCGGGUACGUGGAGCGGAACGGGAAACUAGACGAGCAGCAGGGUACUCGUACUGUUGUGAACGGCGACACAGACACACACUCACACUCCCACCUGAGAGACCGAGCACCCGCAUCGCACGCGGAACCACAACCACAACCACAAACAACAGAUUUGGAGCUGGACCUCGAAAUCCAAGAGCUCUCCUCGACGGGCGACGGGCUGGCGUACGCGCCCGACAAGAACGCGGACCGGGACCUCAUCCACGUCGUCCCCUUCGCCGUGCCAGGCGACAAGGUUACUGUCAAGACGUACCCCCAGAAGCAACCUCACCACAGAGCAUGGACGCGAGUCGACCUCGUCAAGGUCGUGACCCCCUCGCCGAAACGCGCGGGAACCACCCCACAGUGCCCAUACUUCGGCACUUGCUCGGGCUGUCAGCUCCAGAUGCUGCCCUACAAGGACCAGCUCGCGCACAAGAAAACCAUCGUGGAAAAGGCGUUCCGGCACUUUUCGAAUCUGGACCCCUCGCUCGUGCCACCUGUGGACGACACCAUCGGUAGCCCGCUCGAGUAUGGCUACCGGACGAAGAUCACGCCGCAUUAUGACGGCUGUUCGCGGUCGAGGCCGUGGAAGGAAGGUGACGCGCCCCCGCCGUUUGGGUUCGGGAGGAAGAUGAACCAGAAUGAGGGGAAGGUGCUGGAUAUAGAGCAGUGUCCUAUUGCGACGGAGAUUUUGAAUGCCGGGCUCAAGAUCGAGCGGGAGAAGGUGGCGCGGACGUUUUGGAAAAAGAGGACGGGCACGACGGUGUUGUUGAGGGAGAGUACGACGAGGGAGGUCCUUCCCUCGUCAACACCGCUUGAGGUUCAGCGUGAGGAUGAGAGUGGUAAAGAGGCUGUAAAUUCCAACGGCACUACCGCAACCAUCACGGCAACGCCAGACCACGAGCAAGAGCAGGACCUAUCUUCCCUCCCGCUGGAAUAUCCUGGCACUCCGACCUCGACCUCAUCCUCAACGUCCUCGACGACAACCCAAAUAACAUACACGUAUGGGCCCCACCACUUUCGAGACACAAAGACCUACACAUCUGACCACCACGCCGUCACGACCGAGCACAUUGGCCCCUUCACCUUCAAGACGGCAGCCAACUCGUUCUUCCAGAACAACAACUCCAUCCUGCCCACCUUUCUGGCGUACAUUCGCGACAAUAUCCUGCCCACACCUACCUCGACUUCCUCUUCGUCUCCGUCCUCGACGGAUCGCCUCCCCAUCAAAUACCUCCUCGACGCAUACUGCGGCUCGGGCCUCUUCUCCGUGGCACUCGCCUCGCGCUUCUCCUCCGUCCUCGGCAUCGACAUUGACGAGGCCUCGAUCCGGUGCGCGCGCGACAACGCCACCAUCAACGCCGCCGUUCACAAGUACCUUUGUGGGGAUCACAGCGGAGAUGGCAGUGGAAAGGGAAGUAAACACCUUCGCGGCGCUGGCGCCGGUGGUGGUAAGGAUGGUAUCGGUGGCACCGCUACCAGUAAGGAAAGCACUAACCUCGGCUUCAUCGCCGCGGAUGCGCAGCACAUCUUUGACGACGUGCCCUUCCCAGCGGCGCAGACCGUCUGCAUUAUCGACCCGCCCAGGAAGGGCGCGUCGCGGGACUUUCUCCGUCAGCUGUGCGCCUAUGGGCCCAGGCGCGUCGUGUACGUCAGCUGUAAUGUGCAUACGCAGGCGAGGGACGUAGGGAUGUUGGUUGCCGGGGUAGGCCGGGAGGAUGGCCACUCGGGGUCCCAAAAGCGGUGGAGGUACGAGAUUGAAAAGCUUGGCGGGUUUGACUUCUUCCCGCAGACGGGACAUGUCGAGGGGGUAUGUUUCUUGAAUAGAGUCGAAGAUUAG